AUGCCAAAGAGGCGCAAUGUUGAAGAUCUUCCCCCGCCAAAGCGUCUCCGCAUGACCCCCAACGGCCAUCUCGAUCACAUAUCCAGACUAAGUGACGAGCUCCUACUUCAUAUAUUGUCUUUUCUUCCCCUCCCCUCUCUGCUUGUCUGCCAACAACUCUCGCGUCGGUUCCAUGUCUUAGCUGGAGAUUCGGAGCUCUGGAAAAGACAGUAUUAUUCUCGAUGGGUACGGCCUCGAGCGCGUCGGUUACCAAAUGCUAGGCGUUCACUAUCCCGCUCUGAAAUCGAGUAUUCGCCUAGGGUGUCUACCUGGCUUGACCACAGUCACUUGGCAAAGGAAGGAGUGGCCACAAAUUGGAAACGACAGUAUCGUCUCCGACACAACUGGUCGAGGGGAGUCUGUCGGGUCACAGAGAUCGAGUUUCCACAACCGCUUCGUCGACAGAUGCUAGUAACAUUUUGUGCUGGCAUUGUGUUUACAGCGGAUUCAGAUCACGGCUUAAGAGCUUGGGCCGCCGAAAAGCCUGAACAAUGCUUAGCAAGGUCUCCUUUGGCAAAAUCGCCGUCGCGAUCGUUACCUGCUCCCACAGCAAUGGCGGCUGCAACGAGCGGUCCACAGCAGAGCUUAAUAGAUGUCACAAUUGGGUUUGAGGAUGGCCGUCUCGGCGUCUAUACUCUAGACACAACAAAUUUCUGGAUUGAAACGCGCUUCGCCUACGUCGAAGGCACCGGUGAAGCCAUCACGGCAAUGGCCUCGUACUCCCCUUUCCUGCUUUUAGUUUCUCAACACAAGGUUCUAUCUUUGUAUGAAACAAUCACAGACGAAGACGGUUGGUCAUUAACUCCACGACUACUGACUACUCUCAAGGCGGACAGUAUAUUGGAGCCAAUAUCGCUAUCUGUCCGCGCUGCGGGUCCCAAAAUAGUAGCGUCUAUAGUGUACAGUUUUUACCAUAUAGGCUGCGGCUGGUCACUAGGUAUUCAAGAAUUGCAAUUCGGCUUGGACGGUCAGCAGCUGAGUUCUCGGCUUGCUACCACAGUCGACUGCCAAUACGGGAUUGUGUUCCCAACUUCUCGCGGCCGGUCAAAAAGGGACUAUCGCACCACAGAUGUGGUAGGCUCCGGGAAUGAGCUAAAUACAAGGCUACCCGGACCUUCAAUAUCACACUAUGAACCACCAACCUCGGUGUCCUAUUCUCAUCCUUACCUUUUGACUUCGCACGCGGACAAUACCUUGACUGUGUACCUUGUGGUCUCCACUUCGACGAGCCUUUCCGUGACAAGCUGCCAGCGUCUCUGGGGCCAUACAUCGUCCGUCUCAGCCGUGCAGGUUAGUGAUCGUGGUAAGGCAGUUUCGGUGAGUUCUAGAGGAGAUGACAUCAGAAUAUGGGAACUCGAAUCUUUGGUCUCUUCACUCGGAGGGCACAGGGCGUUAAGGGACGGGAAUAGCAUCCGAGUAAGCCCAGGAAAUAGGGCAGAUCAGCGACAUGAUAGCCUUGACUUAGUGUCGGAGUCUUCUCAGGGUCAGCUCAACGCAACCCGAUCAAGCUCGGUCGAUAAUACCUACGGGUUAACGAGGAUGCACAAUUGUGUUGGCUUCGAUGAUGAGCGAGUCCUUCUACUCCGCGAAAAGGAAGUUGGGACGCAGAUGCUCGAACUAUAUGACUUCACGUGA